AUGGAGGUACCGUCGGGGGUCAAGGAGGUAGAGGUCUUUCAGAUGCAGGAGCAGGCCAGAGAGGUGGAAGAGAAAGGACAGUCAGAGCAAUCAAACACCCCAACUGCUCACGACGCGGAUGCUCCUCGAGGCAAAGAAUUUGGUGGCGGCUCUGAAAAUGUCGACCCGAGCGCGGUCGGCGACGUCGCCCAUCCGGAGGAAGACUCGUCUGACCUGACUUGUAGCAUCUGUCUGGAAGUGUUGUGGGACCCGAUCGUCAUCCCGUCCUGCAAGCACACAUUCUGCCGCAACUGCGUCAUCAAGUCAAUGCACUCGUCCCCUAACGGGCAGCAGUGUCCCAACUGCCGAGAGGAUAUCCUCGUCGACCCUCUCACCUGCAAGGGAGAUGGGGUCUUGCAGGAGAAGAUCGAGCUGUCCUUGUCGGCUGCAUGCCUGGAGGGGAGGAGGAGGAGUGCUGAAGCAGAGCUAGAGGAGCUCCAGAAGAUGAUGGUGCAUGCCUUUCCAAUCUUCUACAUGCAUCCGGGGUGUCGCCCAGGGCAACGAGUCCAGCUCUACCUCUUCGAGAGGAGAUAUCGAGAGAUGUGCAAGAGGAUCGCACAGACCGACAACUUCUUCCUCUUCAUGGCAAACCAGCCGUCGUCCGGGCAGUUAGCGACGCUGGUGUGUUUGUUUCUGCAGACCCGAAAGAACUUAGAGGUCUGGAUUGAUGAAUCAGCAUAUGGAUUGUUCUAUGGCAAGUUCACAUCGUCUGAAAAUCUGUUGAGCUCUGGGGACAUGAUUGUCAACCCGACGGAACCUCCAGAGUCUGCGGAGAUGGAGGUGCCCGUGGAGCUUCCAGUGUUCCACAUGCAGGGAGGGAGCUGUAGGCGGGGGCAGCCCGUGUCUCUUCACAUGUUUGAAAGGCGGUAUCGCGCUCUUGCCCGCAUCGUGUCGUCCACCAACAAGAUGUUCAUCUUCGCAUCGGAGCAACCGAGAUGCGGAUCGCGAGGAAUCGUCGUCCGCGUGACCCACUGCAGCUUCAGGAGCGAUGGCACUGCUAACAUUUCUGGUCGAGGGAUCGAAGAGGUCUGCAUGCAACAUCUGAGCGAACAGAGCGAUUACCCUGGAUUAGUCUUCGCCAAGUGUCACCUCUCCUCUCCCGACGGUCUCGCCGCACUCCACGAGGCUUCCAGGAGCUCCCCAGCUCGCCCAAGGCAGAGCCAGGCCGGUCGCAUCAUCGGCACAGCGAGGACCUCGUGCUCAGCAUCUUGCGUGCUGAUGUGA